AUGCCAUCUCUGAAAGCAGCUAAAAUACUAGCUGUAUAUCCAACUCAGUCAAUCAGCCACCAGGUGGUGUUUCGUCCCCUGGUGCGUGAACUAGCGCCGCGUGGCCAUGAAGUGGUUGUUAUCACUCCAGCCCUCGCGUGUCCCGUAGGAGAGGGUCUGGAGAAUUUAACUGAAAUUGAUAUUAGACAAUACCAUGAUAAAGAUAAAAAUAGAGUUUCUGAAAUGUUUAAUAUGGAAUUAAAAGUUAUUGUAUACUUAUAUUGUUCCUAUAGAGUAAUAUUAUAUACAGAAGCAGUUAAAAUAUUAGCUGUAUUCCCAACUCCGUCAAUCAGCCACCAGGUGGUGUUUCGUCCCUUCGUGCGAGAAUUAGCGGCUCGCGGCCAUGAAGUGGUUGUUAUUACUCCAGCUCCCGCGUAUCCCGCAGAUGGGAGCCCGAUGAAUUUAACUGAAAUCGACGUCAAACAAGUUAGCCAAAUAUAUAAAGAGGAAAAGAUUAGGGAAUCUUAUAGCAUGGUAAAUGAAUAUGCCGAUAUAAGAAUGAGCGUUAAACGAUCUGCGUUAUGUAUAUUGUCAGCAUUUUAUGAACAAAUAAAUACAGAUGCAGCGAGCAAGAUAAUUCGAGAUAAAAAUAUAGAAUUUGAUUUGUUGAUUAUUGAAGCAUGGUUUCAACCUUUGUUAGCGUUUUCUCACAGAUUUAACGUACCUGUGAUAUGGUUUAGUUCGGUGGGAUCAUUCCACAAAGAGUACCAAGUUGUGGGAGGCUUCAGCCAUCCUCUGUUUCACCCGUCUUUUCUGUGUUCCCGAUGUCCUAAUAUAGAAAAUCUUACAAACAUAGAGAAGAUUUAUGAAAUAUAUAACUAUAUUUAUAUCCAUAACUGGAGUAGUUCUUUUAAAGAAACAGAAAUUAAUAAAUUAAGAACUUUUUUCGGGUCCGAAAUGCCAUCUCUGAUAGAGUUGAGCGAUAAUGUACACUUGUACAUGAGAAACGUACAUUGUACAUGGGAACUGAACCGUCCGGUGCCGUCAAGUGUAGUUCAAGUUGGUGGGAUACAUAUCAAGUCUGAAUGCACGCUGCCAGAGAUAACACUUAAAAAAUUGAUUUGUAUGUAA